UAUAUGUGGCGUCUGCUGGUGAGAAAUACCUAGGACAGGUGAAAGGUGAGAGGGAGUUCCCACCGGCUGAGUUCUUAAAGUCAUGAAGACUUAAGAAAAAUAACAAGGAGUGGCCGAUUGGAGUCUUUUGGACUUGCCCUGAGCUCCACCCUCCGCCAAGAGGAAAAGCCCCCGGGGACCGAGGCGGGAGCAUCAGACCAGCACGAGAAAAGCGCUUGUGCGCGCUCCACCUCUGCGCAGCGUGUGCGGGGCGGUGACCUGUCCCUUGAGCUGGCCAUGGCGGCUGCGGGAUCUACGCGCUCCGGGAGCACUGCCCUCGGCCUGGGACACCUGUUGACCCUCGCGAUCCUUGCACUCGCUUGUGAUGCCUGUAAAGAAGUCAUCCUCCGGGUCCCCUCCGAACUACCUGCUGAGAAAUUUGUUGGCAGAGUGAACCUGAUGGACUGCCUUAAAUCGGCAAAUAUAAUUCAUCUGAGUGAUCCUGAUUUCCAAGUCUUAGAAGAUGGUUCUGUGUACACAACCAAUUCUGUUGUUUUGUCCUCGGGGCAAAGAAGCUUUACCAUAUGGCUUUUCAACACAGAUAGCCAAGAAGAAAGGGAGCUAUCUGUCCAUUUAGAGGGCCCAGUAGAGGUACUAAAUAAAAGACAGCACACAGAGAAAGUUCUCAGCCGUGCCAAGAGAAGAUGGGCUCCUAUCCCUUGUUCCAUGCUAGAGAAUUCACUGGGUCCUUUCCCACUUUUCCUUCAACAGAUCCAGUCUGACACAGCUCAAAACUACACCAUAUACUAUUCCAUCAGAGGUCCAGGAGUUGAUAAAGAACCUCUAAACUUAUUUUACGUGGAAAGAGAUACUGGAAACCUGUAUUGCACUGGUCGUGUAGAUCGUGAGCAGUAUCAGUCCUUCGAGCUGACUGCAUUUGCAACAACUCCAGAUGGGUAUACACCAGAGUACCCACUGCCACUCCACAUCAUAAUAGAGGAUGAAAAUGAUAACUACCCGAUCUUUACACAGACAGUUUACAGCUUCACAGUUCUGGAAAAUAGUCCCAUUGGUUCUCCGGUGGGGGAGGUCUGUGCAACAGACAAGGAUGAGCCGGGCACCAUGCACACUCGGCUGAGGUACUCCAUCCUGAAGCAGUUUCCUUCUCCACCCACGUUAUUUACUAUGCAUCCCAAUACUGGUGUGAUCACCACCACGUCAGCUCAGCUGGACCGAGAGUUAAUUGAUAAGUACCAGUUGAUAAUAAAAGUCCAGGAUAUGGAUGGCCAGUACUUCGGUUUGCAGACAACAGCAACCUGUGUCAUUACUAUUGGAGAUGUGAAUGACAACCUGCCAACGUUCACUCGUACUACGUAUGUGACAUCAGUGGAAGAAAAUACAGUUAAUGUGGAAAUACUACGUCUUACUGUUCAGGAUAAAGAUUUAGUUAACUCUCCUAAUUGGAGAGCUAAUUAUACCAUUUUAAAGGGCAACGAAAAUGGAAAUUUUAAAAUUGUAGCAGAUCCCCAAACCAAUGAAGGCAUUCUGUGUGUGAUUAAGCCUCUGGACCAUGAAGAACGGCAACAGGUGACCCUGCAAAUUGGCGUAGUUAAUGAAACUCCAUACACUAGAGAGGCUAGCUCAAAGUCACCCAUGAGCACAGCAACAGUGACUGUCACGGUGACAAAUCAGGAUGAGGGCCCCGAGUGUAUCCCUCCAAUGCAAACUGUGAGGAUUCGAGAAAAUGUACCAGUUAGUACUAGAUAUGAUGGAUACAAGGCGUAUGACCCAGAGACCAGAAACAGCAAUGGCAUAAGGUACAGGAAGUUAAGUGACCCACAAGGGUGGGUCACUGUUAAUGAAGAUUCAGGCUCAAUCACCAUUUUCCGAACUCUGGACCGAGAGGCUGAGACAGUCAGAAAUGGCAUCUAUAAUAUUACAGUCCUUGCAUUAGAUGCAGACGGGAGAAGCUGCACUGGAACUCUGGGAAUCAUACUUGAAGAUGUGAAUGACAAUGGCCCAUUCAUACCCAAGCACACAGUGGUGAUAUGCAAGGCUACCAUGUCCUCUGCUGAAAUUGUUGCGGUUGAUCCCGAUGACCCAGUGAAUGGCCCACCAUUUGAUUUUAGUUUGGAGAGUUCUGAUUCGGAAGUACGGAGGAUGUGGAGGCUGACAAGAAUCAAUGAUACAGCAGCUCGUCUUUCCUAUCAGACUGACCCUCCAUUUGGAUCCUAUGUAGUUCCCAUCCGAGUUACAGACAGGCUCGGUUUGUCCUCAGUCACGUCGCUGAAUGUCAUUGUAUGUGACUGCAUUACUGAAAGUGACUGCACACACCGCUCUGGAGAGAGGACUGGUUAUGCUGAAGUGAGACUUGGACCAUGGGCUAUCCUUGCUAUACUGUUGGGCAUAGCCUUGCUAUUUUGUAUCCUGUUUACAUUAGUCUGUAGUGCUUCCCAGACAUCAACACAACAGAAAAUUCUUCCCGAUGACUUAGCGCAGCAGAACCUAAUUGUAUCAAACACCGAGGCUCCUGGAGAUGACAAAGUCUAUUCCACAAAUGGGUUCACAACUCAAACUGUGGGCACUGGAGUCAAAAGUGGAGGGCAAGAGACCAUUGAGAUGGUAAAAGGAGGACAGCAGACGUUGGACUCCCGCAGGGGGGCUGGCUAUCAUCACCAUACUAUGGAUCCUUGCAGGGGAGGACAUGUGGAGGUGGACAACUACAGAUACACUUACUCUGAGUGGCACAAUUUCACUCAGCCCCGACUUGGUGAGAAGGUGCAGUUUUGCCAUGAGGAUGACAACCAGAAGCUUGCUCAAGACUACGUCCUCACAUACAACUAUGAGGGAAAAGGCUCAGCCGCUGGCUCUGUGGGUUGCUGUAGUGACCUACAGGAAGAAGAUGGGCUUGAGUUUUUGGAUCACCUCGAGCCCAAAUUUAGGACAUUAGCAGAAGUGUGUGCAAAGAGGUGAACCACUUCUAAUAGGGUAAUGAAAACUAAUGGAUUCACCGCCUUACCCUGCCUGCUUUAACUGUAAACCAGGACUUUUCAAAAACAGAAGAUGUUAUAUUUGGAGUUCCCUCCCCCAUCUCGGUCUGCAGAAUCUCCAUGCAAAUGCACAUUUACAGAGAAACUUUGUAUAUUAGUACUUGAAAACCACUGUGCACAGGUUUCAAUUACUUCUCUUUAUCCAGAUGUCAUCUCAGAUGGAAACUUAAGGAAAUUUGCAUUACUGUUUACAUUGGGGAUAAUGACAGCAGCCAACUUAUAGUACAAUAAAGUUGAAUGGAUUUGAGUCUAUUUAUGGACAUUGACUAUAACCCAAUAGGAGACUGUAGACACCAUUAUCUCCAGUUAAUGGAUUAACUGAUUGUUCAUAUGGUGCUUGGAAACAGUUGUUUUCCUAAACAUUUUAAACUGUAUAUACUGUGCCUUACUUUUGUUAUGUUCUUGUAACAUGGCCUGGCUUCAUAGUACAAAGGUAGAUUGCCACACAGCCAUUGAGUGUGUUUGAAGUUCUAAUCCAGUGGCUUUUAGCUUCUAUUCUAUGUAAUCUGCACUGAAUCUCAGUCUCUUUUGUACUGAUUUUGUCCGUUAAAUUUAGAUUUCAAAGUUUCUUUAUAAUGCAUUCUAUUUUUCCUCCUAAAAGUUUUUGGCUGUGAAUACCAAAUCCCAUCCUCUCUUCAUUUUUAAUUUUGUUUUGUUUUGUUUUCUCUCCUCUUUGACUUUGAAAGGUCUACUUGGGUUGAAGAAUCCAAGAUAUUUCUAAAAGUUGUCUCUUCUCAUAAAAUAGUUGGUGUAUGUGCAUAUGCGUUGUUGGUUUUCUUAAGCUCAUCGAAUACCAACAUUAUUGUUUUGGAUUUUUUGGUAAUUGCCUCAUUUCUGUCCUUAGUGAAGAACUUAUAAUUUUCCAAUUAAACUAUAGGACUCUUUCAUGAUCUUUUAGAAGCAACGUUCUGUAUAACAGAAUAAUAGUGUGGUUAGAAGUAGGUUGUGGCACUCUAAUGUGGAAUAGCAUAGUUACAAUUUCCAUCCUUAAUUCAAGAACACUGGAAGUGGGAAGUAGUGAUAGAGUUUAAACUAAGCUUCUCAGCAUAAUAUACUCAAAUAAUAUCUAGGAUAAUGACUUCACUAACUUUUAGAUGAUAUAAGUAGUCAAAAUUAUAUUGUUGUAAAAUUAUUUUUGAAACAGUUUGUAAUUAUAAUUAUCUUAUGAAAUACAGAAAUGGGCCAAACAAUUUAAAUUUGUUUAAGAAUUUGCACACAAGUAAACUUCAUAGCCAGCCAAGUUCUAGAUCACAGGUCACACUCCAUUCAGUCAGUGAGCUCAGCACUAGGUGGAUGGAUAUUCUAGGAUAGAUAUUCUAGGUGCAGUUCUAUGUGUGUGAUUCUUCACUGUGUGUCUGUCUUGAAUUCACCAAGUUGGCUUAUUACAAUUGUUUCUAGAACAAAUAUUGAGAAAAAAUUUGAACACUAGCUGUGUAUGCAGUGGGGUCAUUAUUGUUCAGUCAAAAAUAUUUCUCCGAGUUAUUUUUAAUAAAUUAUGUACAAAAUGA